GACUCACCGGCCAUCGCUAAUUUAAUCCUCGAAUUGAACUCAUGAAGGAAAAAUGUACUAGCUAAAUCAACUAUCUAAAGAACUCAUGAAGGAAAAAUGUAAUAGCUAAAUCAACUACUUAAAAUGCGGAGUGGACUAGUCACAGAGUCAUGGCCAGAAUUUGCAUCCUUGUGUUUCAAGGAUAGCUUCGCAAACUGGUCUCUGCUGCUAGAGCGUCGAUGACUAGUAAGGUGGUGGUGGUUGCUGUUGCUGCUGCUGGUACAAGGCUCGUAGCCUUCCAAUCUCCCUCUGCAAUACCUCCUGUUCCACUGAACACAGUCCUCAUGUGAUUUCAUCUUCUGACAAGUAAAUAUUUCAAGCAAAAAGAUUCCCAAAAACUAAUGGUUGGACUGGUGUUACUGUAGCCAACACCGGUCCAACCAGUUUUAACCCAAAACAGGGUUCACGUUCUUCAAUCGACCACGGCUGCCGGCAGCACUGCAGUCACUGUCAGACGAGAAUCCUUUCGACUCUUAAUCUUUGAAAUCCUUAGUCUCUGUUUGAUACCGGCAACCUGCUGUGACGUUUGUCGCCUCCACGAGUUGGUUUAACCAGUUGAUAGAGAUGGAAUAUGUAAGCCCUGAAGGACUUCGAUUGGAUGGUCGCCGCCCUAUGGAAAUGAGGCAACUACUAGCUGAGAUUGGUGUCGUUGCCAAAGCAGAUGGUUCUGCUAUGUUUGAGAUGGGUAACACAAAAGUUAUUGCUGCUGUCUAUGGCCCAAGAGAGGUUCAAAAUAGGAGCCAGCAAAUUACUGACCAAGCACUGGUGCGCUGUGAGUACAGCAUGGCUAAUUUUAGUACUGGAGAUCGUAUGAGAAAACCGAAGGGUGACAGGCGAUCAACAGAGAUAUCUCUUGUUAUUCGUCAGACAAUGGAAGCAUGCAUAUUGACCAAUUUAAUGCCUCUUUCUCAGAUAGAUAUUUUUGUACAAGUUCUACAAGCAGAUGGAGGAACUCGAUCUGCAUGUAUUAAUGCUGCAACAUUAGCUCUUGCAGAUGCUGGGAUUCCAAUGCGUGAUAUUGUUACUUCUUGUAGUGCUGGAUACCUCAAUAGUACUCCUCUUCUUGAUUUGAAUUAUGUUGAAGAUAGUGCUGGAGGUCCUGAUGUCACUGUAGGCAUUCUACCUACAUUGGACAAAGUUACUCUCCUUCAGAUGGAUGCUAAGUUACCAACUGAUACAUUUGAAGAUGUCAUGCAACUUGCUACUGAAGGCUGCAAGGCAGUAGCAAAUUAUAUUCGAGAAGUACUACUAGAGAAUACCAAGCAGCUGGAGUGUCACCGAGGUUCAUAAUUGCUAAUUACAGUGGGUAAUUAAUUCCUGGAUUCUGUAGACUGGCCUAGUCAUUCUUGGACUUGGAAUCGUAUCAUUUUUUUAGGGUGAUAUCAAAUCAUUUAUGGAUUGCAAAAGUGAUAUGUCUCCUUAAUUCAACAUUCGUCCCUUGCAUAUGCACAGUGGGAUCAUAGCAUUUUCCGUGCAUCCACCAGCAGCUCAGAAAUUGUGCAAAACUGAUUUUUAAGGGACUUAGAAUAGCAAGUACUGAGACCCAAAAAAAAAAAAAAAAAUUUGUAAUGUUAAGAUUAUUCAUUAGAAGAUGUUAUUUCUCUCUUUUCUCUGCUUUUGUAUGCAUAUUUUCGAAGAAAGAAGAAAAAAUAGAUGCCAUGAAUAGGAUCAUGAAUAACUUUCUCCUUGAAUUCAAGCAAUGCAAGUCAGAUCAGUUUCCUUG